AUGUUGGACGCAAAUUACUUCAGGGCCGAAUUAUCUCUGCCGUACGAAAAACGAACAAUGGUUAGAGAAUAUUGCCCAGUCACUUGUGAUUAUUGUGGAACUGUCACUUCAGCAAGUUCAACCAGCAAGACAAAACCUGAAGAGCUUUUGAAAGAAAUUCUGGAACAUGAUGCGGAAUUUAGAGAACUGACUAAAGAAUACGAUCUAAGUAAGGACCCCGAAGAUGCAAUAGAGCGUCAUCAAUUGCUUGAGUCAAGCAGAAAAGAAGUGAAAGAGCACAAUGCAUUAUAUGAAAGUGGUCAGAGCACUUAUAAGAUGAGCGUGAACAAGUUCUCAGUCAUGAAACCGGACGAGUUAGCACCUCUAGCGCUGUCGCUUCCUCCACCAACACCUCUUGCUGAUAUCCCUCCUAUCAUGAGACGAAAGCGACAAACAGAUAACAGCACAGUGGACUACCGACAGUAUAUGCAGCCAGUAGCCAAUCAGCUGGAUUGUGGUGGCUGCUGGGCAUUUUCCAUGGCGGCGGCUUUGGAGGGAUUUUUUGCUUUGAAGAAUUAUGAUAUCCCAACACUUUCCGUACAACAACUGCUCGACUGUGAUCGAGCAACAAGUUCCGAAUAUGGAGUAAGCAAUCUAGGAUGCGAUGGAGGCUAUUUUCAGGUGGCUGCGGAGUACUUGAAGAUUAAAGGACUUACUUCGGACAUGGCUUAUCCUUUCAGCGGAGAGUCAUCUACCACAUGCCAGCUCUCUUCGCCAUCAGCUUCACCAAAAAUGAAGAGGUUUGAUGCCGGAUAUGUCAUACCAAACAACGCCACUAUCGCGGCAGCCUUGGACAAAGCUAUGGAGGAACGGGUACGAAAAGGACCUGUUGCUGUUGGAAUGGCGGUGAAUACAAAUAUUUACAGCUAUUCUGAAGGUAUUUACGAUGGCUUAUGCGGAGCGACGAUCAACCAUGCGGUCGUCAUUGUCGGUUUCACACCUGAGUACUGGAUCGUCAGAAACAGCUGGGGAGCAUCCUGGGGCGAGAGUGGUCACAUUCGCAUUUUACGCCAUAAUGGAGAUCCUUGCAAGCUCACACGAUACUGGGCGCAACCCACUGAGAUUGUCUCACCUACGCAAGGACCAACAGGGCCAGGAAAUGCCAUUGUUGUGAAUACCGACGCGACUGACACGGAGUCUACGACAAAAGAUUGCUGUGACGGACAAUGCUGCGACUGGUGCGAUUGUGAAGAUGAGGAUGAUGAUGAUGACUUUUUCACAACUGAAAGAGAGGACUCAUUAGAUACAACAACGCAAACAACCGCAGAAGUAACAUCCAGGACAAUACCGCUUCAAACUACUUCACAGACCACAAAAGCUCCCUUGAAAACAACGAAGAAGAGCUGGCGAUGGGAAAUACCAGACAAAUGGUACCAUGGAAGAAGCUAA